AAUGAGCUGCCCAACUACCUGCAGAUGCAAAAAGAGAAGAAAUUAUCAAGAUUUUUCGAGGCGCUGUUUCCAAAGUGGUUCAAUGACUUUCCAGAAGAGGUAGAGCUAAACAGCAGCGCACCUUGUGUUGAGAACACUGGUAUUGAUGAAUGUGGUGGAGCUACUAUUGACUCUAUGAACGAAACAGUCCAGCCGGAUCUUACAAACAUAUCUGAAUCCGCCGAACAAGAAGAGACAAUUGGGAAUGGUUUCGGAAUAAUUCAAAGGGAAAAACUACACCUGGCAGUAGCUCAACCGGUAAAGCCCUAUCUGCACUACUUGGUCAGCGUGCAAGAGGCACUCGAGACCUCAAAGAGGGUUGAAGUGUAUUCUAAACUUCACUAUGAGUCGAAAGUUAAACCAUUGGUGUCUGACGCACUUAAAAAUAAUCCCGUACAACCUGCACAAAGGCUUAGUGCAGUCCGGCAGCACACCACCGAUUGCUUUGCGGAUGAGUCGGAAGAAGUCAAAAAAGAAAUUCGGGAGGAGACUGCACGUCUUAAUGCUGCCAGAAGAUUGGGAGAUGUUGUGGGACAGGAUUCGAGAACGAAAGAAGAAGUUUAUCAUGCAAUUCAAGAGCUACCAAUCCUUCUAGGUCAAAUAUUCGAGGACCUCUCAAUAUUGACGGGCGGAUGGCACUACACCCUUGUCAUGGGUGGAGUCGACCCAAUGUGUGAAGGCGACAUUAUGACAUUAAGCUACCACCACGGUAAAACUGCAGAUGGUCUGAGCUUCAAGGCAUGCACGCCGAACUUCCAUGACCAGUAUUUGUUACCCUUCGAACGACACCUUGGGCGCGUCUAUGGCGCAUCUUCAAAGCUGCCGGCGGCUCCCUCAUCCACCCCAACCUCACCUCACCUUCCACCUGGCCUGAUCUCACUGGAUGAGGCUUUGGACGAGUCCUCACUCAGAGAUCACCAUCCUUCUGUGCUUGAUCCCUCUCUGGACUUCAAUGCACUUGCAGGAACGAAUGGACAUGGUGAAUGGUUGAUGCGCACUAGUAGUAGUGACCCAAACCCCAUCACAUCUCCUCACAACACGACAGACAAUCCAAUCACCGCUUGGAGAAAGUCAACAGCGCUCAAUGAAGACCCGCUACCACAUCCCCCACCUUUAAUCGCACUCAAUGGCCCAGGUGUCAGAGCAGCUGAUCCAUCAGUCGAGGCUAUCCCUCCUUACAUACUUCAUCCGUCGUCGUCGUUUGACACCACCCGUCUUGCCCCAGCCUGCUUCGCUCUUGGCCGAGAAAAUGAAUAG